CGCAUUUCCUUUCUCCUCACUCAACAUAAGAGUUCCUUGUGCGGUUGGGCUCAGCAUGGAUGCCAGUCCCGCCUACGAGGGGACUCUUAACGAGUCCCAACUACUCGAACAACUCCCGAAUGAGAUUGCGGCCCUCAUUCGCACGGCUCCCGGGACUCAGUACCUGAAUGCGCUUGCAGUCGGCGCAUUGAGAUCAGGAUACACAGAGAAGUUUUUCUACAUAUACGAACCGAUAUUUGUUGAUCUGGCCGCACGUUGGAUUCUUCCCGAGUCUGGCGUUGAUCAAAUCCAAGUUAUAUCCGCAUUUGCUCGAAUUCUACCGCUCGCGCCCCAUUUACGCUCUUUCGCAAGCCAAUAUGCCAUGUCUCGGGCUGGCCCACUGUCGGCGUUGGCUGCGCCUAAUGCCUUCACUAAUACGCAGAUAGAUGAUUCUACGACUCGCACGUUACUCCUAGCGAUUUUCCGUCUUCUUUCCUUCGACCUCGAAGCCUUCUCGCCCGCCAUUACACCAUCGCAAUUGCAAGUUCUUUUCCGACACGAUGACCGCGUGAUUCGAUAUCUAGCUGUACGAUGCUUUUGUAUAUAUAUGCGCGCCGCCGAUGCGUCUAUGGAGAAAAUUUUAUGGACACACUGUAGCGAUGAUAUGGUAGAGGGAGAUUGGGAAGGCAUCUCCAUUGACUACCGGUGCCUGGGACUUUGGGAAGAGCGCCGAUGGAUUUCUGUGGAAAGGCAACUCCAUUCUGCAAGGAUCGAGAGGCCAGAAUCCGACAGCCUCUCACAGGUGGAGCACCUGCGGGACUAUCUCACUCCUCGAACUGCAGAAGUCUGUGGUGUGUUGAUCCCACGGCAAGUUGACGCCUCGCUCAUGCCGUCCUCGAUUGUGAAAACAACAACGGCAGUAAAAAAUCUGCGACGGAUAGCGACGGCAUUGGUUACCCCUGCACCAGUUCUUCUCGUCGGAUUGCCGAAUUCGGGGAAGACAACUCUGAUCAAUGAUGUAGCAGCCACUAUGGGCCAAGCGGAAUCCAUGGUAACGCUGCACUUGAACGAGCAAACGGACGCCAAGAGUCUUCUCGGGAUGUAUUCAACCUCUUCAACAACUGGCAGCUUUGCUUGGCAACCUGGUGUCUUGACGAAAGCUGCCAGGGAGGGUAGAUGGAUCUUGAUUGAAGAUCUAGAUCGCGCCCCUUCUGAAGUUAUCGGUCUCAUUCUUCCCAUCAUUGAGAAAGGUGAGCUCACUAUCGCGAGCAGAAGAGAGCGAAUCAAGUGCGCAGAAGGGUUCAAGAUUAUCGCGACAAUGAAGUCGUCCUACAAUAUCGCAGGGGAGGAGGUGGCGCCCAGCACGGCCGUCCUCGGAAGCAGACUCUGGAACAGAGUACCGAUUGAGUCCCUCACUCUGGAGGAGGUUCAACAAGUGAUUGCACAGAAGUUCCCUUUGCUCAAGUCUCGAGUACCCACCGUGAUGAACGUAUACGAAAGGUUGUGCUCCUCGUUCCAUGGUAGCCUCGCCAUCAAGAGCUCGCAGGGCCGAACUCCCGGUUUGCGCGAUCUUAUCAAACUCUGCAGUAGGAUGCACAAGAGACUUCAGCGACUCGGUGUCAAGACAGGGUUUGAAGCCACCCCCGAGGGAACUGACGACGAGAUUUUCCUGGACAUCGUGGACAUAUUCCUUAAGUACCUACCAGACUCGACACUGUCGGAUUCUUUGGCUUUAGUUGUUGCGGAAGCGCUUCAGAUCUCUCCCCAGCGUGCUCGAUUCUCAUUGCACGAACGAACGCCAACGCUAUCAGAUCAAGGUAGCAACCUCGUGCUUGGGAGAGAGACUUGUCACAAAGUUAAAGUGCCAAGUGGAUCAAUAUCGAAGAUGGCCGCCGCCUCUUCUCGCUUUGCAACGACGAGAGCCGCUCUCAAACUCAUGGAACAAGUUGCAGCGUCAGUCGAGAUGGCCGAACCUGUUCUUCUGGUUGGAGAGACAGGUAUUGGUAAAACGACUGUAAUUCAACAUCUUGCGACCCUGAUGCGGCAGAAACUCACCGUGGUCAACUUGUCGCAGCAAAGCGAGAGUACCGACCUGUUGGGCGGCUUCAAGCCCGUCAAUAUUCGCACGAUGGCCAUCCCAAUGUUCGACGAGUUUACUUCCCUGUUCGAACUGACCUUCUCCGCAAAGAAGAACCAAAAGUUCUUAUCUUCUAUUGCAAAAAAUGUUGCCAGCGGGAACUGGGUACGUUUAGUCAACCAUUGGCACGAAGCUGUUCGGCUUGCCGAUGGUGUUUUCAAGUCCAGUAAUGGCUCCUCCCAGCCCGCUGAGGGAGAACAGCCAACAAAGAAAAGAAAACUAGACUCGCCCAAGUAUCAGUUUCUCCGGCAACGGUGGGAAAGGUUUGCAGCGCAACUGAACGACUUUGAGGCGCAAGUGUCACAGGGUGACGCCAAGUUCGCCUUUGCAUUUGUCCAGGGAAAGAUUGUCCGUGCUUUGCGGAAUGGCGAAUGGGUGCUUCUUGACGAGAUCAACUUGGCUUCACCGGACACGCUCGAGAACAUCGCAAGCCUUUUACAUCAUGGCAGUGAAGGCUCGCCGUCUGUCCUAUUAUCCGAAGCAGGCGAUGUUGAACGUGUCUUCGGCCACCCGGAUUUCCGUAUAUUUGGAGCCAUGAACCCAGCAACAGAUGCUGGAAAGAAGGAUCUUCCACCAGGCCUUCGUUCUAGGUUUACAGAGUUAUAUGUGCAGUCGCCAGACAAUGAGCUAGAUGAUCUCUUGGCAUUGAUUAAGAAGUAUCUUGGAGAUUUGACUCUCGGUGAUUCCAGGGCUGUACCGGAUCUUGCUCAGCUAUAUAUCGAAACGAAGAAGCUGAGUAACGAAAACAAACUGAUCGAUGGCGCCGGGCAACGCCCACACUUCAGCAUACGUACCCUUGUUCGUGCUCUUGUAUAUACCACUGAGCACGCGCAGGUAUACGGGCUACGUCGGGCAAUCUUUGAAGGUUUCUCUAUGAGCUUCCUCACAGUCUUGAGUCUGGAUUCUGAGAGGCUGCUGAUGCCAUUGCUCGAAAGGCACAUUUUCAGCAAUGUGAAGAAUAUUAGAGCCUUGCUUGGACAGACCCCUCGGCCACCAAGCGAUGGCAACGAAUAUGUGCAAUUCAAGCACUACUGGAUGCGGAAGGGUCACCUGGUACCCGAGGAACAGCCGCAUUAUAUCAUCACACCUUUCAUCGAAAAGAACCUCAAGAAUCUCGUGAGAGCGAGCUCCACGCGCCGGUUUCCAGUCUUGCUGCAAGGUCCAACAUCUGCCGGAAAAACUAGCCUGAUCGAAUAUCUCGCAAAGGUUUCUGGAAACAAAUUCGUCCGUAUCAAUAACCAUGAGCAUACCGAUCUUCAAGAGUACCUCGGAUCAUACGUGUCUGACGAUGACGGAACGCUUCGUUACCAGGAAGGUAUCCUAGUAGAGGCAUUGAGAAAUGGGUACUGGAUUGUUCUCGAUGAACUUAACCUUGCGCCAUCCGACGUACUGGAAGCGUUGAAUCGCCUUCUCGACGAUAACCGCGAACUGUUUAUUCCAGAAACACAAGAGGCAGUCCACCCACAUCCGAACUUCAUGCUGUUUGCAACUCAGAACCCUGCAGGCCUUUAUGGAGGUCGUAAAGUCCUGUCUCGCGCUUUCCGCAACCGCUUUCUUGAACUGCACUUUGACGAUAUCCCAGAGAGUGAACUUGAAUUCAUUCUCACAGAGAGGUCACAAAUUGCCCCGUCUUUCUGCACCAGGAUAGUAUCCGUUUAUCGAAAGUUAUCUCUGUUACGUCAAGCAAACAGAUUGUUUGAGCAGAAAAAUAGUUUUGCUACUCUGCGUGACCUCUUCCGCUGGGCCCUUCGGCAAGCAGAUGAUCGAGAGCAGUUGGCCAUCAACGGUUUUAUGCUUCUGGCAGAACGAGUCAGAAACCCCCAGGAAAGAGCGGCAGUGAAAAGUGUGAUUGAGGAAGUCAUGAAAGUCACAAUUGAUGAAGAAGUUCUCUACGGUACUGCUGCGAUGGACAAGCGUGCACCUAACCUACGGCAACUCACCCCUGGCAUUGUCUGGACGAGGGCAAUGAGAAGACUCUUCAUCUUAGUUUCAACGGCGCUCGAGAACAACGAGCCUGUCCUCCUUGUAGGAGAAACAGGCUGUGGAAAGACCCAGCUUUGCCAGGCCGUUGCGGAUGCUUACCAGAAACAAUUAAAUGUCGUCAAUGCGCAUGUGAACCUUGAGACCGGUGAUCUUAUCGGUGCGCAAAGACCGGUCAGGAACAGGGCCGCCAUCGAAGACACUUUACUCAGCGAUUUACGACAACUCCUUGGUGAAACGGGAGCCGAGUCCAAGUCCUUUGAAGAGCUCAAGCAAGUCUUUGGGGCCCUCAGUUCCGAGCAGCGACGAGAGUGCAGUCCCGAGCUUCUCAGGACUAUCGAAAGGAACCUUGCCCGGCUCAAUGCACUGUUCGAGUGGACGGACGGUAGUCUGAUCACCGCCAUGAAGACAGGCCAAUUCUUCCUUUUGGAUGAAAUAUCUCUUGCCGAUGACUCCGUCCUUGAACGAUUGAACAGCGUUUUAGAGCCUCACAGAUCUAUCCUUCUGGCAGAAAAGGGCCCGAUCGAUUCCAUGGUCAUUGCGGACAGCGGUUUUCAGUUCCUUUCUACGAUGAAUCCUGGAGGCGACUAUGGCAAACGCGAGCUUUCGGCUGCCCUUAGGAAUCGAAUGACUGAGAUUUGGGCUCCUCAGUUGUCGGAAGACGAGGACAUUCUUCCGAUUCUUCAAGUGAAACUUCCCACGCAAUCGGAGCACAUUUCUGGUACAAUGCUCCGUUUCGCGAAGUGGUUCAAGCGGACUUUCCAGGGUUCUUCUACCAACUCUCUAUCGCUUCGUGAUUUGUUGGGAUGGGUCGAUUUCGUCAAUAAGUGCCAGGACUCUGACCUUCUGUUCGCGGUUGUUCAGGGUGCUGCAAUGGUAUUCAUUGAUACGCUAGGAGCAAACCCAGCGGCCAUGCUUGCGACUACCCUGCACAAUCUUGAGGAUAACCGUAGAUUAUGUCUGGAUAAGCUUCAGGAGCUUUUCAACGUUGACGCUGCAAGCAUCUACCUGCAAAAAUCUGUUAUCGAUGUUCAAGAUCAAGCCUUGCGAGUUGGGCCAUUUCGCCUCUCCAUCCAAGGCGAUGCACAGCCUGACCCUCAAUUCAUUAUGGAUGCCCCGACAACGAUUGCCAACUCUGUACGAAUUGCUCGUGGGCUGCAGUUAACGAAGCCUAUUCUUCUUGAAGGUAGUCCCGGUGUCGGUAAAACCACACUUGUUACUGCGCUCGCUCGAGCCCUUGGCAAGCCCUUGACGCGAAUCAAUUUGUCCGAACAAACAGACCUCACAGAUCUCUUUGGAUCCGACGUGCCUGUUGAGGGCGGUGAUGUUGGCCAGUUCGCGUGGCGCGAUGCACCUUUCCUCCAGGCUAUGCAGCGCGGCGAUUGGGUUCUGUUGGACGAAAUGAACCUGGCUUCCCAGUCUGUGCUUGAGGGUCUCAAUGCUUGUUUGGAUCAUCGUCAAAUGGUUUAUGUUGCUGAGCUCGACCAGACAUUCAAGCGACAUCCUGACUUUGUUCUCUUUGCUGCGCAAAAUCCUCAUCACCAGGGAGGUGGGAGAAAGGGACUUCCGGCCUCCUUUGUCAACCGGUUUACUGUGGUCUAUGCCGACAGUUUCACUGACACUGACUUGAAACGUAUCUGUGCCAAACUUUUCCCCGGAAGUCCUACACAGCAAACCGAGCAACUCGUGGAUUUCAUCUCUCGGCUGAAUGUUGCCAUUGUGCAGGAAAGGAGACUAGGUGUUCUUGGUGGUCCUUGGGAGGUAAACCUGCGUGACAUUCAGAGAUGGCUUCAGCUCGCGGACCGAGGUAGCUUGCAAAUACACACCAAAAACUUCCUCGAUGUCAUCAUAUCCCAACGAUUCAGGAAUGAGGAGGAUCGAGAGCAAGUUCGCCGCAUCUACGAGCGCGUCUUCGAUGGCGUUUCGACAACAGCCAAGAGCUACUACCAUAACAUGACGCCGGAGUAUAUGCAGGUCGGGCUCGGAAUUAUGCGAAGGGACUCGAUGCUCCAAGAGACGCCUAUUCCGCAUCUUGAAGUACUUCCUAGGGAUCUUCCUGUCCUUGAGUCUCUUAUGCUCUGCAUUGAACAGUCAUGGCCGAGUAUUCUGGUAGGAGCUUCUGGCUCCGGCAAGACAACCUUGAUAAGGAAACUUGCUGCUAUGAACGGGGCAAAUCUGAUUGAGCUAGCUUUGAGCGCUGAUACCGAUACCAUGGAUCUUGUGGGAGGAUUUGAACAACUUGACCACAACAGAGAAAUAUCCUCUCUCGUGCAAGACGUGUUGCUGUUCUUGCGCCGAGAAAUACUCUUCAACUAUUCGUCUGAUACCACAAAAGUUGAUUCCUCGGCCCUUGUUGAGCUCAUCGAACGUUUGGAGAAACCUGGCUCAUCAUUGGAAUCGUUAUGCUCAUUGCUCGAGAAACUUCACCAAAUGUAUCCUAACCUCGUGCUGGAACAGUUCCUCGAGAGAUCGCAGACGCUAUUGCAUAAUUCGCAACAGGAGCAUAUCAAGGUUGGCUUUGAGUGGACAGAGGGUGUACUCACACAAGCUGUUCAAAAGGGAGACUGGGUUGUCCUUGACAACGCCAAUCUUUGCAACCCCUCAGUUCUUGACAGAUUGAACUCCUUGACUGAGCCGAACGGAGCCCUUAUUCUCAAUGAACAACGCACCGAGGAUGGAAAUGCUAGAAUCAUCACACCUCACCCAAAUUUCAGACUUUUCUUGACCAUGGAUCCGCGUCAUGGGGAGUUAUCCCGUGCUAUGCGUAACCGCUGUGUUGAAAUGUGCAUUUUACCACGCGAAGAUGGUGAUCUGAGACCCUCCUUUACCCCCACAUAUACCAGCCAAUCGUCAUUAUACCGUCUUCGAUCCAUCUGGAGUCCUGAUCUGUCUGUCGCUGCUGGUGAAGUGGAUGAGCGUGCCUACGAGAUCCGUCUGGACUACCUAUCUAUAGCAGAUUUGGCUUAUCUUCAGCGGUCACAGCAUCUCGUCUCGCCUUAUUUGCGUAGUCUUGAGACGGACCAGUUCUUGAGGGUUCUGGAUCGCCAAAUCUCUGUCAUACACGAUAACCAACAAUGUCAAGCCUUUGGUACUACCAAGAAGGCAGUUGACCUUGGAGGCGUCUCCUUUGCAAUUCAAGGUCAUCUGCAGCCUCUCCACCCUCUGGUAAACGAGCCGCUUGCCCUGGUGUUGGAACACGAUAUUCCGUUUGAUUCACUUAUUUUAUUGGCUCAUAUCCAAGAGUCUAAGCUUGAUCUGCAUCGCCUCAGACAGGCAUUACUGCACGCGGAACAGUCCGGACAGCAGCUUAAACCAAGCCAGAUGAGCCGCUUACAGCGAUCUCUGGCCUCGAAGAGGAUACCGUCUCUCAUGAAGGAUACAACUCAGCCAGUUGGUCGGUUCUUGGCGGAUGCUGGACAGGCAGUAUACGAUUUCAUCCAAUGCUUGGAUAAUGAUGCUCUUCAACAUCACAAUCCUAUACCUCCUUUGCGCGCCGUCAUCAACUUUUGCGCAGAUAUCUUGAGAAUCACUGGGUCGACCGAGCUUGACGACGGGGUAUUUCUCAUAUACCUUCAGCUUGGCAAGGGAAUAUGCACAUCACUGGCAGAACUAGGUGAUGGCUUUAUUUCGUUAGCCACUGCCUUCUCCAACGCGCUUCAACGGUUCCACGAAAAUUGGGCCCUGACCACGGGGCUUAGUAUGCAAAGGCUUUGGGAAUCAUGGAGGCCAGUGACACCCUCGAGCAGAGGCCAAUUGGCUUCAAUGCUGGAGCUCGAGAAGGUUGCGUCUGAAUUCAUGCAGGUUGCGACUCGGACUAGCCUCAAUCUGUCCCAGUUAAGUCAAGUACGGAACUCCUUGGUUGAGGCUCAAAGAUCUAUUCUGUUAGAGGGUGCCGAUGAAGGGAAUCUUGUGCAAAGCCUCAAGCAGACUGUGGUAGACCUGGCAAGUGUGGUACAAGCAUCUGAUUUGGCUCAAAGCCCGUACUUCUCCAACGAGUUUGAAGUGCUAUGCCAAUAUCAUGAUAUCGCCAUUUACAGCCGGGGAGUCCCAGUCGCUCCGAACAACACUCGAUCCGUUCUAGCUUUACUAGCCGGCCGUCCAGCUCACCCUCUGAACGCGUCGAAUUUGCAAAGUCAAGUUCCAACCAUUCUUCACCGGCUGUCACUGUUCUCUGGUUACCAAGGAAAUCCAGACUCUGGAACUGCUGCCAGCGGGACAGUGUCCCUGGCACUACUGCAGAAGUUAGCAUUGGUUGAUCGUGCUACCCUCGGACAGAUGGACGCUGUCGAGGUUGAGAAACAAACUCUCUCCCAGGCUCUGGCUUUAACAACUCGGGAGAUCGGAUUGGAUCAGCUCAAGCUUCUCAGACGCUUGCUUUCGGAGCUGACCGCGGAGCUGGUAGAGGCCCACAAAGAGUUCUUCAAUCCGCAGUCCUUCGAGCAGCUGAUUACUCUCCUGCGUUUGGCAGGGAAACAAGACCUACCAGCCAGCUUGCUCUCCUUGAACAUUCGCCUAGCACGGAACUUGCCUAGUGAUCACUACUUCAGAGCCGUUGCCAACAAAACACUACCUAAGCUUGUCACGUCGCUUUUGACGAGAUCUACGGGUGAAGACGCGGUGCAGGAUACGGCUAGUGCACUGGUGCAAUUAUCAGUAAUACUUCUUUGGCUUUUCGUUCCUGAUAAGCCGUUUGAUCCUUCGUUGAGCCUCGUUGUACAGAGAGAACGACACAAUCAACGUGUUGCUGAGCUCACCUCGAAGGCCGAUGCUAUCUCAAGGUUUGAGCGACUUUUCUCCGGACAGUCUACCAAUAUCCGUCGGGAAAUCGCACAAGCGCAGCUGCGAAACCUUGGUGCAGCUCCUCCUCCAUCUUCCGUUACUCGGCCGGAAACGUCGGAGAUUGGCCUCCUCAACGGUGAAUUCGCAAGUGUUAUCAAGUCUGUCCUGCUCAGGAAGCCGGAGAAGCUGAUUACGGCGACUGCGAAGACGGCCGAGAACGAGCGUAUGAGGAACCUUGUGCGUGAUAAUAUUGAGCAGUUAAGCAAACGCUUGAGCACGAACUACAGAUCCUAUGACGAUAUCACUAUUCUAGUAGUUCGUUUCCUCCACAUGCUUGACCUUGGUCUUUCGCUGGUUCACACCUCUGACGCUGCUUCGGGCGACAUGGCUAUCCUGCGGACUAUCUGUCAGCGCACGCCUUUCCUUGGAGGUAACAAGCCACCGAUUUCAUCAUCCGAGAGUGACUUCGUUGGACAUAAGUCCAGACAUGCAGUGGAGAUGUCGUUCCACGAACUAUCAUCUCUUGAGGUGGCAGAAACCGUGGAGCCUGGUGUUUUGCAAACCAGGGCUGGACGGGAUUCUUUCCUCCGCAUUGCCGAACAGUUCAAUUAUCUGUGGAAGACACGAUUGAAAGAAGAUCAAGAGGAGCACGCGCGCAAGAAUGAAAUGUAUCAUUUCAAGGGCUCAUGGGAAGACGAAGAAGAAGUCGACGCAAGCGAAUUGAACCAGCUCUUCCCCACGUUUGAAGACAGUGUUGAUAAAGAUACCGUGUUACCGAACGCAAUCGACCCCAAGGACAUCUCCGUCCGACUGGCUGAACUUCACUCCAAGCUAUUCGAAUCUGCAGACAGCGCACGGGUGCUGUCAGACUACGUUAAGCAGUCUGCUACAUUACUAGGCUCGAUUUGGUCUAAAGACGGCGCGUCUUCGGCACAUAUACACCCCAAAGAGCAACUUUCUGCCAUUUUCUUACUGCUGGAAGAUGACAUUGGCAAGCGAACCACGACUUCUUCGAAGAAUUACAAUUUCUACACGGAUCAGAAUUUGGCGGAGGCGAAGAAGCUGCUUUCUCUGACGCGCUCGACCCAGGCUCGAUUCGUUCAAAUUCAAAAGGCCUGGCCGGACCAUGCAGUGCCUGCCGAUGUGAUCUCGUACUGCAAGGAGAUUUAUCAGUUCAAACACACUGAGCCCGUCGCAAAGUUCCUGACAAAGGUCGAAAAGCUUCAUUCUCUUGUGCACGAAUGGCAACUGGUUGCCAGUCGAGAGUAUUCCGCGGCGACGUACUACGACGAGAUCACGAGCAUGAUCAUCUCUUGGCGUCGAUUGGAACUAUCAACAUGGGCUAAGCUUCUAGACCUGGAGAAAGAGAAGUGCGACCAGGACGUUAGUUCAUGGUGGUUCAUUGCCUUUGAGGCCUUGAUUAGGGCUCCGAUCCAGAUUGCAGAGUCCGGCCAAGAAGAUCUUAGCGAGCACGUUCGGGGAGUGGUCGCGACUCUAGAACAAUUCACCCAUUCAACCACAUUGGGACAGUAUAGCGAGCGCCUGCGACUGAUCAAGAACUUCCGGUCCUUCCUACAGCUCUUCGUUCAGGACUACUCGCAGCUCAAGCAAUUAGUGUCUGCGCUUGACAAUUUCCUUCAGCACUACGCCCAAUUCGAGCCUGCGGUCCAUAAAUUGCUUGUCGACAAGAGAACUGCCCUUGAACGGGAUAUCAAAGAACAGAUUCAGCUUGCCAGCUGGAAGGAUACCAACAUUGUUGCUUUGAGAGAAAGCGCCCGCCGUUCCCACGUGAAAUUGUUCAAACUGGUCCGCAAGUAUCGUGCAGUCCUGUCGCAGCCCGCUGAGCAGAUCCUGAGCCAAGAUAUGCCCGCCAAAGAUGAUGAAGCCGUUCCUACGAUCCCCGGCUUGGCUACAUCCCCCUCAAGUAUACCAGAGGCUCUGGCCCUUUGCGAGCAAAGAGCCACCGUUUGGUCAAGUCGACCUCCGAGAUUCACGAAUCAGGAAGGAACAGUCAAAAGUAUGAUGCACAUUUAUACGUCAAUCUCGACCGAGUUCGAUGUCGGCGAAGAUAUGAGCGGAUUUGUCCAGUAUUUCAUCGAAAGUAUCAACGAAUUCAGGAUCCAGACUCCCAAGGUCUUGACCGAAGAUAACAAGACGGACGUUCAGCACCUCAAGGGCCAGAAGCGUCGCUUCUAUGCGGAUACUCUGCGCCAUCUCCUCGAGAUUGGUAUUAAGCGUAAUGCUGGCACAUUUUUGAUCGAAUCACAAGCCACCGUUGCUCAGGUUCUCGCUACCAGCCCCUCUCUUCAAGCUCAUUCUGCGGUAUCUCAAUUGGUUGGGAAUUGCGAUGUGUAUUUCCACAGGCUUCUAGACCUGCUUCCCCGUGCCCGACAAGCGUCACGUUCAUACUCCGAGGAACUCAGUAACGUGGAAGUGUCAAGGAGUCUAGGAUCUAUGGAACAUCUUUUGUACAUGAUCAGGAAGCAGAGAACGGCCGUUGCUCCAGCGCUGGCAGACUUGGGGUCACUUCGUGCCACUCUUGACAAGGUUUCAAAUCUCUGGAGAUCUGGGGCGUCUUCUAUUGUCAAGUCUGACUCACAGUUCGUGAGUGGAAAACAGCAGCUGGCAACAGCAGUUGCAUGGCUCGCUCCAACUCUCGGACUGGCCUCAACAGUUGUGGAACUGCACUCUAAAUUCUCCGAGAUCGCUUCACUAGAUAUAUCCAAGGGAUUGAAAGCCUGGAAAGCUACGUUCGAUCGUCUUCGACAAGCUAUCAAGCACCUUCCUGAACUACCUGAAGGAGUUACAGCGAAGCUACAUCAACACACUCUGGACGACGCAGCCUCCUCCAUCGCUCAAUUCAAAUCUGAUAUCUCGAGAUGGAGACAAGAACGCCCUGACCUCACUUUCAUUCUGGAUCAAAUACUUCCUUGGGCGAAUGUGAAGGCCGAAGCCGCUGGAUCGGGAACGGAUUCAAACGCAUUGGCAAUUGAAGACUUUGACUCGAGUCUUACUGCCGCUGCUGACAAGAUCCUAGUCAGCCUGCAAAAACUGAAAGAAGUCCCGGCAUUGAUUACCUCGGCCGGCUCCCUUGCCCGAAGCGAUGAAUUCUUCACGAGAGCUAUAAAGUCAACGCAUCUCAACGAUAUAACCAAGGCGCUUGAAGCCAUCCUACAAACACUGAGUGCGGUUCAGAAUACCGAUAAUGGCCUUCCCUUCGCAGUUGCGUUGUUGGCGAGCUUGUUGCCCAUCAUGAAUAAGUAUUACGAUAUCAGCCAAGACAUCGUGGGCCGUUUCCUGCGAGUACACCGAGAGACUUGCAAGAUGUCAUACGUUUUGGCCAAGUCAUUUAUCCAGGUUUCAUCCGAGGGCUUCUGCAGCCCGCACGAAGAGUCGACUGACGAAGGCCAGACCGGCAAGUUGGAAAGUGGAACAGGCCUUGGCGAGGGCGAAGGAGCUGAAGAUAUAAGCAAGGAUGUGGGAGAUGACGAGGACUUGUCCGAGCUCGCGCAACAGGAGCAGAAGGAAGGUGCGAGAGAUGACAUGGACAAGUCUAAAGACGCUGUCGAUAUGGACCAGGAAGACUUGCAAGGAGAGACUGGCGAGAAUGAAGAUGCAGAAGAGGAAGAGAAGGAUGAAGACGGGGAGGAGGAGGAAGAAGGUGAUAUGGAUGAGGAGGUAGGCAGCGUCGACCUAGAUGCAUCAGCCGUUGAUGAGAAGAUGUGGGAUGGUGGCCACGAUGAACAGCAGAAGGAGACGGAGAAUGAAGAAGGCAAAGGAGUUUCCGAAUCGGAUCAGCAAGCAGCUGCGCCUGAACAAAAGGAAGCUGAAAAGGGCGAGGAAGGUGAGAAAGAAGGGGAAGGCGAAGAGGAGGAGGAGGAGGAAGAAGAGGACAACGAAGAAGAGGCACCUGAUGAUGAAGGCGAGGCUGUUGGACGCGAAGAUAUGGAUGUCACGGAUCCUCAAGCUCAGGAACAAGAAACUUUGGAUCUCCCCGAGGAGAUGCAGCUUGAUGGCGAUGAAAAGGGCAUGGAUGAUGAAGACUUUGGAAGUGACGACGGCCUGGAUGAUCUUCCAGAUGCGCCUGCUCCAGAUGAUGAACAGAUGAACGAAAUGCAGGAAAACAAUGCCGAAGAGGAGGAUCCUGCAGAUCAGGCAGGCGAAGAGCAAGAAGGUGAUCAAAUGGAGGAAGGGCCCGAAGAAGAGAAAACCAACGAAGGCGAGGGAGAGGAGGAGACGCAGGAGCCAGGCGAAGAGCCUGAAGAACAGCCAGAAGACUUCUUGACUCAGAAGGAUGAGAAUGAGGCAGCAGGAGAAGAAGUCGCCCCUAGCGAAGCCGUCAAUGGCGGGCUCGGCGCUGAACAGGACCAAAACCAGGAGAAGGGUGCUUCUGGCACCGCACAGCAACAAGAUGGCUCUACCGAUCCGUCCGUCGAGCCGAAUCAGCAAACGGGUGCUGCCAAGGAAGGCGAAGAGAACGAGAGACAUAGGGAUGCCGGAGGCGCCGAUGAUGUCAACCAGGAGGAUCCUCAACUACAAGCCUUCAAGAAGCUAGGCGAUGUCCUCGAGCAGUGGCAUCGCAGGCAGAACGAGAUCAUGAACGCAUCAAAGCAAGAGGAAGGAGAAACGGACGAACCCUUGCCCAAGGAUACGGAAAUGGGCGAUGCGGAUUUCGAGCAUCUGGCGGACCAAGACGACGUCGCUGAUACCCAAGCACUUGGACAAGCCAGCGAAGAACAAGCCAAAGCUCUCGAUCAGAACAAGGGGGUUGAAUCGGACGUCAAACCUACUGACCAAGAUAUGCUCCCUGACGCGUCAGAUGAACCUCAAGAUCUUCCUGCCAAUGAACUCGAGGAUGCAAUGCAACUAGAACACGAACGUGCGCCUACAGACAACCAAACCGCCGGAGCAUUCAUCCCAGGAACCUCGAGCGCUCAGGAGCGUUCAAACGAGGCUCAAGCUCAGCUUUCGGAAACCGAAGAGCUAGACGAAGUCGAUUCGCAUCUCGCUGCCAUCCACCUUUCCUCCACCCUACCCCCUCUGACACCCCGAGACGAAGCUCAGCGUCUCUGGUCAAACUACGAGUCCUCCACCAACGCCCUUUCCCUGUCCUUAACAGAGCAACUCCGCUUAAUCCUCGCGCCAACCCUCGCAACAAAGCUCCGCGGCGACUUCCGAACCGGUAAGCGCCUCAACAUCAAACGGAUCAUCCCCUACAUCGCCUCGCAGUACAAGCGCGACAAGAUCUGGAUGCGCCGCUCCGUUCCCUCAAAGCGAAACUACCAGAUCAUGCUUGCCGUCGACGACAGCAAGUCCAUGCUCGAGAGCGGGAGUGGCCAGCUGGCCUUCGAAACUCUCGCCCUCGUCGCAAAAUCCCUCAGUAUGCUCGAAGUCGGCGAUCUCUGUGUCCUCGGCUUCGGCGACGAAGAUCACGUCCGCGUUGCCCACGAAUUCGGCAAGCCCUUCUCUUCCGAGGCCGGUGUCCAGGUCUUCCAGCACUUCAGCUACCAGCAAACAGGCACAAACGUGCGCAAGCUAAUCGCCGACUCGAUCGCCCUCUUCCGCGAGGCGCGCUUCAAGCAAUCCCCCGCCGGCGGCGGCGCUGACCUGUGGCAACUUGAACUCAUCAUAUCCGAUGGUAUCUGCGAAGACCACGAGACCAUCCGGCGUCUUGUCCGUCAAGCGCAAGAAGAACGCAUCAUGAUCGUCUUCAUUAUUGUCGAUGCGCUCAAGGGCAACUCGAUCCUCGACCUUACGCAGGCAAGCUUCGAGCCGGAUACGGAGAGCGGAACCGGUGAGAUGAAGUUGAAGAUGAAGAGGUAUCUCGAGGGUUUCCCAUUCCCUUAUUAUCUUGUUGUUCGUGAUGUGCGCGAACUGCCUGCUGUUUUGGCUACCGCGCUGAAGCAGUGGUUUGCGGAGGUUGUGGAUGUGUCUUCUUAGAUUGCAUCUCUGCCCAGUAUAGUAGGGCUUGCAUAUUGGCGUUUGGGGGGUUUUGAAAAGCAUUAUUGGUUGUUUGUAAAUAGUUAUGUGAUUGUCUGAUAUAGAUCUCAUAGAAUACGUUCAGUUUAUUCAAUUCUUGUUAAUCUAAGAGUUUAGUAGCUCCUGAACCCAAAACCGUAUGUAUGCUCAAUUUGCCACUCAAGGAUAUAGAUAAACGAUAAAUUGAAAUUACCACCCAUAUCUAGCACCAGCCUCCUUCUUGUUCCUCUUUCCAGACGCAAAGCUCUCCUCCAACGCUUCCUUCUGUGAGCUCGCCGCAUUGACCAACUGUUGCAGCGUGUGCUUGCCAGGAGCAAUAGCGCGAACCGGAUUGUGCUGAGUCGCAGCCAAAUCCUUGCGCGCCAUCUCCUGGUUCGCAGCGUACUCCGCAUCUGUGUUGAAGUGAAGAAUCCGCGACUUGGAGGCGUCUGCAUUCCGACCGAAUAACUGGCGGCGCUGAGAACGGGAAAGGUUCAGAUCGUCGGCGAUGUGAUCUAAUGUUUGCGCUGAGGGCGCUGCUGUUUGUGACGUGGAGGGAAUAGACUCUGCUUCUGGCGUGGGCCCUGCUGCCGGUGCGUCUUCAUUUGCCGUGUAUAUCAAUGGUUCAUAUGUUGAUCCCGGUGCGGCACCUGGCACCUCUGGAGCUGUCGCUUCCUCUGAUGAAAGCGAGAAAAGGCUAACCUUCGGUUUCGGAGCAGAGGGAGGGGGCGCAACAGGGUUCUGUGCUUGACCCGGAGGCUGCGAUACCGAUUGAGCGCCUCCUACGCCUCCAAUGCCUUCUUUAACCUCCUUCGCAACAGGCGGCGGUAUAAUCGUAGCCAUCGUCUUCUUCUUCUUCUUCUGUCCGGACCUAGCCACGGAUAACGGCUUGAACAUCAUCGGAUUCCCCUUGAGCACCACCUCCUCCGUCUUCUUCUCCACCAUCGGCGAAUCAGCACCAUCCUCCCAACGUAAACUCCCCGCCUUCGGGAUUGUAGACUCAUCAUCUCCCUCUCCAUCUCCAUUGCCACCAGAACUACCACCACCCAACUCCGCAAACGCCAUCUCCUUCCUCAUCUCCUCAUCCGCCCCGCGAUCAAACCCAGGCGCAGCACCCGUCUUCAAACUAAACACCUUCCGCUGACCCGCCGCACCACCAGCAGCCUUCUUCUCCUGUUCUAAAGCGGCAUUCGUCCGUUUCGGCGCCGGGAGGAACGAGUUAAAGCCGGCGAAUGCGCCGCCUUUCCCGCCUCCUAUCCUAGGCUUUUUCCGGGCCGGACCGUCUGCGUCCGUGUGGGCAUCCGCAUCUGCGUUGUCGGGUUUUGUAUCUGGUAAGGCGACGCGGAUUUUGCGGGGGUUCGUGCGGUCGACGAUGGUGGUGGGUUUUGCGGAUUGCGUUGGUGGUUUCGAGGUUGUUGUUUUUUGAGCUGUCGAUGUGGUGGCAGGGGGCUGGUCUUCGGGCUCGGAGUUCGAGGCUUCUGAGUCUGAGUAGGCGACUAGGACCAUGGUUGUAUACUUUGUUUUGUAUAAGUGGGUAGUUUAGAUGAAGGAGAUUGAAUGCGAGAUGCGAUGGGGCUUGGUGAGGCGAAAGUUGGGCGAAGAGUGUGCCGGCGUCACAGGCUGUUCUUUCG